UACUCCGGGUUUCCCCGGCUGAAGCGACAAAGCGCGAGUUUAUGAGGUUGGUGGUACUAUUGUGGUCGCCUCCCUUCAGCCCUGACUCGAACAGCAGAGCCAGCCCCCCGGUGCCGUUUAAUCACAUCUCCGGGAGCUAUAUAUUGAAGACAAUGUCUGGAAGCUUCUACUUUGUAAUUGUUGGCCACCAUGAUAAUCCAGUUUUUGAAAUGGAAUUUUUACCACCUGGGAAAUCAGAAUCCAAAGAUGAUCACCGUCAUCUGAACCAGUUUAUAGCUCAUGCUGCUCUCGACCUUGUGGAUGAAAACAUGUGGCUUUCUAACAACAUGUACUUAAAAACCGUGGACAAAUUCAAUGAGUGGUUUGUGUCAGCAUUUGUCACUGCAGGACAUAUGAGAUUUAUUAUGCUUCAUGAUGUGAGGCAAGAAGAUGGAAUAAAGAACUUCUUUACUGAAGUCUAUGAUUUAUAUAUAAAGUUUGCAAUGAAUCCAUUUUAUGAACCCAAUUCUCCUAUUCGAUCGAGUGCAUUUGACAGAAAAGUUCAGUUUCUUGGGAAGAAACACCUCUUAAGCUAAAUGGGAAAAAAGUCUGAAGUAAAUAGUAUCACCAUCAUGGGCUAUACUUGGUAAUGUGUGCACUGUAAGUAAUUUGAAACAGCCUGGAAAACUUUCACCUAAAAUUCUACAUGGUUUCAUGUUGAUUAUAAUUUCAUGUUGUUUGUGAACAGUGUUAUUUAUUUAUAAAGAGCUCUUUACCAGUACUUUUAAAUGUUUUUUUAUUAAAUAGCUUGAGAAUGAACUUUGUCUUUCCUGACUGAGGUAAUCUGAUCGUAAUUUAUUAAAUCAAAAGCAAAUGUCAUUAAAUAGCUGUUAGAUGGAUUUAAAACUAAAAGGUUCUGUAAACAUGAAGAAAAACUGCAUUAUUUUUACAUUUAGAAAUGUUCUUUUAAAAUGCUUAAAACGCUGCAGUAUCAAGAAGCUGAAGCAGAAAGCCUCUGCUUGUUACAUGGUUACAGAACUCUGUCAGAGGCUGAGAAUAAUGAUCCUGUGGAACUCUAAACCCCAGGACUGGGUUUACAGAGUACACUGGGCCAGUUACAGGCCCUGGCAGAGUGUGUUGCCUCUGUCACCUUAUAUUCUUGUGUUUUCCUUCUCUUAGUAAACUGAAGGUUUAAUGACCUUGUUAAUAUCUAUACUUGAAAAAAAUGUUAUAAUAAAAGUAUUAAAAUAAAAUGUAUUACUACUAAAAGCCUGGGUUACACUGACGUUUGCACUUAGCCUUUUAGGCUAUGUAUGGGGUGAGAGGUGGUAGAUGUGGCCUCUUCUAUAAGAAAUGUUGGUUUGAUCUUACAAUAGUAUAUAUGCAUGGAAAAGCAAGUAAACAAGAUUUUCAUGUAUACACUAGAAAAAUUCUUCAUUCUAAUUUUUGAAAAACCAGUUCUAAGCUUUCUUGUAUUCUUUGGUGAAGUUGUUACCAUCACUUUUGUUUUUUUUAUUUCUUAAAUAAAGAUUUAUAUCCAA